AGCUCUUCCUCUCGCUCGCGCCUCGCUCUCAGAAACUCCCAAUCCAGACACAGGCAAGGCGCUGUCCUUUCAGCACCACAAGCUCGGGCUGAGGAGGGAGGACUCCUGGUCGUCCUCCUCCUCUUCAAAUUGGCUUGAAUCUGCUUUGACCCCCCAAGAGUGCAGCACAGUCUGGGAAGAAAGGCAUAAGGAUGGUGAAGCUGAACAGUAACCCCAGUGAGAAGGGAACCAAGCCGCCUUCGGUUGAGGAUGGCUUCCAGACCGUCCCUCUCAUCACUCCUUUGGAGGUUAACCACUUACAGCUGCCUGCUCCGGAAAAGGUGAUUGUGAAGACAAGAACAGAGUAUCAGCCUGAACAGAAGAACAAAGGGAAGUUCCGGGUGCCGAAAAUCGCCGAAUUUACGGUCACCAUUCUUGUCAGCCUGGCCCUCGCUUUCCUUGCCUGCAUCGUGUUUCUGGUGGUUUACAAAGCCUUCACCUAUGACCACAGCUGCCCAGAGGGAUUUGUCUAUAAGCACAAGCGUUGUAUCCCGGCCUCCCUGGAUGCUUACUACUCAUCCCAGGACCCCAACUCCAGAAGCCGCUUCUACACGGUCAUCAGCCACUACAGCGUGGCCAAGCAGAGCACUGCUCGGGCCAUUGGGCCAUGGCUGUCGGCGGCUGCUGUCAUCCAUGAGCCCAAGCCUCCCAAGACCCAGGGCCAUUAGAGGCCCACCCCCAGCCAGAAUGGGGGGCACACAGGGGGACCCCCUGUUGGCUAAGCCAAGCUCCAGUUAUAAGACACCACUGUACUCCUGGGAUAUGGGGGUGGGGGUGGGG